UUGUUUCUAUCUUACACAGAUCGUAUCAUGCAAUGUGAGAUUGGCAUUCAAUGAGCUCAUCGGAGACACCGUGACCUUCGACGCUCUUGGGGGCCCAUACACUAUGCAGGUCGAGAAGGGGCGAAAGAUAACCCAGAUAGGAGAAGAUGAUUGGGAUCGUUUCAUCGCCCGCAUGCGUCUUAGUGGGGGCGAAUUGAUCUGCUUCUCCUUCAGAAGAGAUAGGCCCAGGAUUUCUGUUAUCUAUCUAAAUUUGAUUCCGGAUAGUGAGGAUGAAGUUCAUGAGGAGGAAGAUGGUGCUGAUUCAGAUGAUGACGAUUCAGAUGAUGAUGAGAACCCACUUGCUGAAUACCUGUAUGCCCAAGGACUCAGACUGGGCGACGAGGAAAUCGACAACCUCUGGGACAUGCUUCCGCUACGUGAAGACUACCUAGGGAAGCCAUUCGUGACCCGCCUCACAAGGACGAAUGUUAAACGGCAUAUCAUGAAAUUACCUAAGAGGUUACUUGAUAGCUGUGGCAUCGACCCGGACGAAGAAGGCAUGGCUGCUGGACUACGCCUUACCAGAACGGGCUCCAUCACCAGCUGUGCCUAUGCAGUGGACACGGACGGUCGCACUGUCUUGAGCAGGGCAGGGUGGAAAAAGUUCCUUCGUGCCAAGAAUCUUCGGCGCGGUGCUCCCUUCGCUGGAGAUCUAGAGAAGGCGGGGCCGGGCCACAGCAGCGCGGUCCAGCCAGAUGCGCCCGCUCUGGCGAUCUCCGGCGAGGCGCAGAAGGUGGAGGCGGGCUCUGGCGAGGCGCAGAAGGUGGGGGCGGGCUGUGGCGAGGCGCACGAGGUGGAGAAGGUGGAGAAGGUGGAGGCCGGCUCCGGCGAGGAGGAGGCGGAGCAGAAGCAGGAGGAGGAGCAAUUAGUGGGCAACAAGAGGAAGUGGGACAAGACUGGGUUCUACCCAUAUGACUCUGAUGAAGAUGAGCCGUACGAGUAUGAAUCUGGAGAUGAUGUGGACGAGGGGAACGUCGAGUCCCCUUUGAAGAGAAGGAGGUGCAGAAGAUCAGGGCCCAAGGAUCUGCCAUGUACUACAACUGGAGGAAGGACAAGUACAGGUGCCCCUACUGCAGUAAGCCCAAGCCCAGGUCUGGGUUGCAGGAGCAUCUGA